AUAUAUUCCUACAGAAGGCCAACCUUCUUCAUUAGCAGUUCCUUAAUUUCUUGGAUCCAUCACCUGCUUGGAUUUUCUCUGCUAUUGCUAGGAUCUGCUCGUCCCUUUUUAGUUAAUACUAUAUGGCGUUACAUAGGAGGAUGCAUAUUUUGCAUCUUUCUUUAGUAAUGGUGGUGGUGGUUACAAUUUUACUAGGAACUCCAACUCCAACAACAGCUCGAUCUCUCCUUCCGACUCAGCUGGCACUGCCUGACUGCCCUGACCAUUGUGGUAAUCUCACAAUUCCAUACCCAUUUGGCAUAGGCGAUGGUUGCUACCUCGACCGCCGGUUUGAAAUCACUUGUAACAUUUCCACUCAACCGCCAACAGCAUUUUUUAUGAGGGGCAAUGUCGAAAUUACCAGCAUAUCUCUUUAUGACGGUGAGGUCCAAAUACAACAGUUCGCAGCCAGUGAUUGUUAUGAUGCUGAUGGCAACUGGACCGAAACGAACAGUCCCGUGCUCUCGGUGCCUCCUCCUUACUCCUUCUCCGAAACCAAAAACGUGUUCGUUGCAGUUGGAUGCGACACAUAUGCGUUUUUUAAAGGUUACCGGGGUGAAGAAGAGUACAAAACUGGGUGUAUGUCCCAAUGUGACAAUCUUGACAACGCUAUCGAUCAGCGGGAUACUUGCUCUGGCGUUGGAUGUUGCCAAACUAAAAUCCCCAGUGGGCUGAAAAAUCGGACUGUGACCUUGGGAAGCUUUGACAAUUAUAUAUAUGUGCGGGACUCCCACCGAUGCAGCUACGCGUUCCUUGUGCAAGAAGGCGAGUUCAACUUUAACAGCACGAGUUUUCGAGAACUAAACUAUACAACCCAGCUUCCGGCAAUUAUUGAUUGGGUAAUUGGGAAUGAGUCAUGUGAUAUUGCAGCUAAAAACGAGAGCACUUUUGCAUGCAAGGCAAAUAGCUACUGCCAUAAUCGGUCUUCAGGGGGCUACAUAUGCCGGUGCCGGUCAGGUUACGAAGGGAACCCAUACCUCCCAGGUGGUUGCCAAGAUAUUGAUGAGUGCAAGGCUCCAGACUACUGCGGUAAUGGAACCUGCAUAAAUUCAGCGAGAGGUCAUUCUUGUCUAUGUCCAAAAGGGUACAAAUAUGUCGAUCUGGAUAAAAAAAGUUGCAUCAAGGACAAUGGUCGAGCAAAGCUCAGUAUCCUGCUUAUUAUUUCACUAGGUCUUGGUGCGGGCGUGGGACUAUUGUUACUGCUUAUCAGCGCAUGGUGGAUACACAAAGUCCUGAAGAAAAGGAAGAACAUAAAACGCAAGCAAAUUUUCUUCAAACGAAAUGGUGGUUUAGUAUUAGAGCAACAAUUAUCUUCAGGUGAAGUUAAUGUGGAGAAAAUCAAGUUGUUCAAGUCGAAGGAGUUGGAGAAGUCUACCGACAAUUUCAACGUCGAUAGAAUUCUUGGGCAUGGAGGCCAAGGUACUGUGUACAAGGGCAUGUUGGCUGAUGGUAAACUUGUUGCCGUAAAAAAGUCCACAAUUAUUGAUGAAAGCCAACUUUCAGCUUUCAUCAAUGAGGUUGUAAUUCUUUCACAAAUCAACCACAGACAUGUUGUUCAACUAUUGGGUUGCUGCUUGGAGACUGAAGUUCCGCUUUUGGUUUAUGAAUUUAUUCCGAAUGGAACACUUUCCCAGUAUAUCCAUGGGCAGAGUGAGGAGUUUCCACUUACAUGGAAAAUUCGCUUACGAAUUGCCACAGAAAUUGCAGGAGCCCUUUUCUAUUUACACGCCUCAGCUGCCUUUCCCAUUUAUCACAGGGACAUCAAGUCUACCAACAUACUCUUGGAUGCAAAAUACAGAGCGAAAGUUGCCGAUUUUGGAACUUCAAGAUCAGUUGCCAUUGACCAAACUCACCUUACCACACUUGUACAUGGUACAUUUGGUUACUUGGACCCGGAAUACUUCCAGUCAAGCCAAUUUACGGAAAAAAGUGAUGUGUAUAGCUUUGGAGUGGUCCUUGUUGAGCUAUUAACGGGACAAAAACCAAUUUCUUUUAGCCGGUCACAAGAACAAGGCAGAAGUCUUGCUACAUACUUCAUUAUUUCGAUGCAGGAAGAUCGUCUGUUUGACAUUCUUGAUGCUCAAGUUGUGAAGGGAGGUUCUAAAGCAGAUAUCGCAAUAGUUGCUAACCUUGCAAGGAGGUGCUUGAAUUUAAGUGGACGAAAACGCCCUACAAUGAGAGAGGUCACGGCAGAGCUGGACGGGGUUCAAAUGGCCGGAAAGGCUACUUCUCAUGGUGGAAAGAAUUACGAAGAGGUUGAAUAUGUGAGGACUGAAUCAGUUGAGCCAUGGGAUGUUAUUUCAAGCUCAACUGAUACAGGGCCUGCAGUGGAUGGUGGUGCUGCAUCAUCACAAAUGCAUGAAAUCCCACUCUUACCUUUCAAGUCAUGGUGAACAAUAAUCCUAUAUUUCUAAAUUUUAAAUAUUGUAAUGAAUGUUCCACUUUCAUAUAUUUAGGUUUUUCAUUUUUUCUUAAA